AGUCACAGCGCCACGAGCCGCAAGCGACCGGAGCUGGAAACCGGAGAAUUUGCCAGUUAAACCAGCGCCGGUGAACGGUGUAGGUUUGGCCAGCUACACAUUCGCCGUUAAUGAGGCUUUCCUGUGUUGUUGAUAUAGCUAAAGGGUGGAGAAUGGUGAGCCGCUGAUGGAAAAGAGACAACCAGCCAAGACACAGACAUCGCGCAUCAGUCUCUCUGUCCACAUUCAGCUAGCCGGCUAAACGCAGAGGUGGACACCAUGAACUACGUGGGCCAGCUGGCGGGCCAGGUGCUGGUGACGGUGAAGGAGCUCUACAAGGGCAUCAACCAGGCCACGCUGUCGGGCUGCAUCGACGUGGUGGUGGUGCGGCAGCAGGACGGCAGCUACCAGUGCUCGCCCUUCCACGUGCGCUUCGGCAAGCUGGGUGUGCUGCGCUCCAAGGAGAAAGUGAUCGACAUCGAGAUCAAUGGAGAGCCAGUGGACCUGCACAUGAAGCUGGGUGACAACGGAGAGGCCUUCUUCGUCCAGGAAACCGGGGAGCAAAAUGAGAUUGUCCCAGCCCACCUCGCCACCUCGCCCAUCCCCACCGAGGAGCAGAUGUUCUGGAGCCGAGACCCGCGGCAUGCGGGCCCCGGGGCGGAGCACGGGCAGGCCCAGGCCCCGGAGGAGCCGGCUGGCCCGCCCGCGGCCACGGCGUCGGUGAAGAAGAAGAAGCGGAGGAGGAAGAAGCACAAGGCGGACCCCCGCAGGGAAGAGCAGACCCCCACUGCAGGCAGUGAGGAGAUCUUCGAAAUGGACCUCAGCUCCGACGAGGAGCACGCCGCGCACAAUGCAAGGGCAUCGUCAUUCACUGCGGUGAAGGAUGCCGAAUACAAACAGCACUCAGUUCUUCACGCUCGAGACAGCUACCCUUUAUCUGAUGGAGACUGGUCACCUUCAGACAGUCGGACCCUAUCAGAGCCCCUCUCCCCGAAGAGUGACUCAGAGCUGGUGUUGAAGCCCUCAGAGAACCUCCUCAGGAACGAGUCUCACAUGCAGUGGACGUGGGGCGAGUUCCCAGAAUCCACUAGGGUCACCAAGAAGGAGAAGCCGGAGCUGCCGAAGACGGUGACCAUCACGCCGUCGGAGAACACGCACUUCCGCGUCAUCCUGAGCUCGGAGGCCAUGGAGACGGGUGCCGAGACGCAGCAGGCCGUGGUGGACCCCGUCUGCGCCAUCGUCAAGCCGCAGCCCCGCACCCCCGUGUCCCCCGCCACCCCCGUGACCCCCGCGGCCGGCCUGCCGCCCGGCGUCACCACCUCCACCCCCACCGACACGGCCGCCCCCUCCGCCGCCGCCGCCCACAUAGCCGGGGACAUGGGUGACGCCGGCGCGGACGUGAAGCCCCUCUCCAAGACCGACUCGCCCUCCAAGAAGAAAGGUGUUCAGAAGAGAAGUCAGCACCAGGGCCCUGAAGAUAUCUACCUUGAUGAUCUGAAAGAACUUGAACCUGAAGUUGUUGCACGCUACUUUCCUAAGAGUGAGUCGGACCCCGUGCCUAAGCACUGGAUGGAGGGAGAACUGCACUCCGGGUCCCAGUCCCCUCAGUCUGUGGGCAGCGCGGCGGCCGACAGCGGAACCGAGUGUCUGUCCGACUCCGCCAGUGACCUACCCGAUGUCACCCUGUCACUCUGCGGUGGCCUCAGUGAGAACUCGGACAUCUCCAAAGAAAAGUUUGAGCAGCAUAUCAUCACAUAUCAUGAAUUUGCUGAAAAUCCAGCCAUUAUUGACAAUCCCAAUUUGGUGGUAAAAAUAGCAAACAGGUAUUACAACUGGACACUGGCAGCACCGUUGAUAUUAAGCUUGCAAGCUUUUCAGAAGAACUUGCCUAAAACCACAGAGGAAGCCUGGGUCAAGGAGAAGAUGCCAAAGAAAUCUGGUCGCUGGUGGUUUUGGCGCAAGAGGGCCGACAGCACUGUCAAGCAGUCAGAGACCAAGCUGGAGAGACAGGAGUCGCACAAUGGAGGAGGCCCCACCCUCCCCCAGGAAAGCCCCAUCCUACAGUCUAAGGGUGGGGAUACGUCCAGCGAUGAGGAGUCCAAGGAGAUCAAUGCCGCAGCGCUGUCAGAGGGCCUGGGUCAAGCCAGCACCCAUUCCUAUAAGAAGUCACUGCGACUGUCCUCAGACCAGAUUGCCAGCCUGAAGCUGAAGGAGGGGCCCAACGACGUCACCUUCAGCAUCACCACACAGUACCAGGGAACCUGCCGCUGCGAGGGCACCAUCUACCUGUGGAACUGGGAUGACAAAGUCAUCAUCUCUGACAUCGACGGGACCAUCACCAAGUCUGAUGUCUUUGGGCAGAUCCUUCCCCAGCUUGGCAAGGACUGGACCCACCAAGGCAUAGCGAAGCUCUACCACUCAGUACAUGAGAAUGGGUACAAGUUCCUGUACUGCUCUGCGCGUGCCAUCGGCAUGGCUGACAUGACCAGGGGAUACCUGCACUGGGUGAACGACAGGGGCACCAUCCUGCCCCGAGGGCCCCUCAUGCUGUCCCCCAGCAGCCUCUUCUCCGCCUUUCACAGGGAGGUCAUCGAGAAAAAGCCGGAGAACUUCAAAAUCGAAUGCCUUACUGACAUCAAGAACUUAUUCCAUCCGAACCAACAGCCCUUCUACGCCGCCUUUGGAAACCGACCUAAUGACGUGUUUGCCUACAAGCAAGUGGGUGUGCCAGACUGUAGAAUAUUUACAGUCAACCCUAAGGGUGAACUAAUACAAGAGCAGACGAAAGGAAACAAGUCCUCGUACAGCCGGCUGAGCGAGCUGGUGGAGCAUGUGUUCCCCCUGCUGAACAAGGAGCAGAGCUCCGCCUUCAGCUUCCCAGAGUUCAGCUCCUUCUGCUUCUGGAGGCAGCCCAUCCCCGAAAUCAGCCCCGAGGACCUCCUGUGAGGACCUCCCGAGGACCUCCUGCGCCACGCCCUGGACCCACCCACCGGAGGGAGGGGG